GCGUGGUCUGGGAGCGAUCGUUCACAAUGUAAUAGAGUUUUAGCGCAGUCUUGCUUUUUCAAAGGCGUGUGUCAACUCUGUGUGCCAAGGGCUGCUCCGCUUUUACCAAUGCGAUUAAUGAAGACAACGAACCAAUUGAGGGAACACUAAACUAAUAACCUUCCGUUUCGUUUCGUCUGUUGUUUUUAAUACGGACGAGCUUCGUCUCUGCAAGGAAUCAACCCUCUGCACGAGCACAAAGGAAAAUUUAAAAGGCAAGCAAAGGUCGGUUGUGGAAUGUCACAGCUUUCUCAAACAUCCAGACCUUUAUCCUUGCUCGUCUGCAGUCCUGCUGUCUGAUUGGAUCAUCCUUCAAGGAUCUAGAGUGAAAAUCUCUUUUUUUGUUCCUGAAGUGUUGCCCGCCAUCGACUCUUCGUGGACAACAGCGUUUCCACCACUGCUCAUCUCCUGAAAGGAUAACAGUGGUCUUCAGUCUACUCUGGGUCAUGCUGUGUGGCUGAAUUCUAUGCUGUAGCUGAAAUGAGGUUGGUGAUUUUGGGGUCGCGGCCCCUUUUGGCCUUGACCCUCAUGCUCACCCUCACCUGCCUAAAGCAUCUGUGCCAUGGUGCAACACCCUUUCCUCAGGAUCUGGAACCCAUCAGGACCGUUGGUAGUGAACACACCUACCUGUACCCCAGUUUCCAGGGGAACAUGUCAGAUAACGACACCGCCAGACUGGGCCUGGAUUUUCAGAGGAUGCUGCGGAUUAACCACAUGGUCUACAUCGCUGCAAGAGAUCACGUUUUUGCCAUUAACCUCAGUGCUUCAUUGGAGCGCAUCGUCCCCCAACAGAAACUGACAUGGAAGACAAAAGAUGUGGAGAAAUGCACAGUCAGGGGGAAAAACAGCGAUGAGUGUUACAACUACAUCAAAGUGCUGGUGCCACGUAACGAUGAAACCCUCUUUGCGUGCGGAACCAAUGCGUUCAACCCCACCUGUCGCAACUACAAGAUGUCAUCUCUAGAGCAGGACGGAGAAGAGGUGAUCGGUCAAGCCCGCUGCCCUUUCGAGUCCCGCCAGUCCAACGUUGGCCUGUUUGCCGGCGGUGACUUCUACUCAGCCACGAUGACUGAUUUUCUAGCGAGCGAUGCAGUGAUUUACCGAAGUUUAGGAGAAAGCAGUCCUGUCCUGCGUACUGUAAAAUAUGACUCCAAGUGGCUGCGAGAACCGCAUUUUCUUCAUGCCAUCGAGUAUGGGAACUACGUGUACUUCUUCCUCAGUGAGAUUGCAGUGGAGUAUACCACCCUUGGCAAGGUGGUGUUUUCCCGAGUGGCUCGCGUGUGUAAGAAUGAUAACGGCGGUUCUCCACGGGUUCUAGAAAGAUACUGGACGUCUUUCCUGAAGGCCCGGUUAAACUGCUCAGUUCCUGGUGACUCUUUUUUCUACUUUGAUGUUCUUCAGUCAUUAACAAACGUCAUGCAGAUCAACCACAGGCCUGCAGUGUUGGGCGUCUUUACCACUCAAGCCAACAGCAUCACUGGUUCUGCUGUAUGUGCAUUUUACAUGGAUGACAUAGAGAAAGUGUUCAAUGGGAAGUUUAAGGAGCAGCGAAACAGCGAGUCCGCCUGGACACCAGUUCCUGAUGAAGCGGUGCCCAAACCCCGGCCAGGGUCGUGUGCUGGUGAUGGCCCUGCUGCUGGUUACAAGUCCUCCACAAAUUUCCCUGAUGAGACUCUUACCUUCAUUAAGUCUUAUCCACUAAUGGACGAGGCUGUGCCGUCUGUCAACAACCGACCCUGCUUCACACGAACCACCAGCAGGUUCAAGCUGACCCAGAUUGCAGUGGACACGGCAGCUGGCCCAUAUAAGAACUACACUGUCGUGUUUCUGGGGUCAGAAAAUGGACAUGUCCUGAAGGUUUUAGCUAGCAUGCAUCCAAACUCCUCGUACAGCACUCAGGUUUUGGAGGACAUCGAUGUUUACAACCCUAACAAAUGUAAUGUGCGUGGGGAGGACCGGAGGAUUCUGGGAUUGGAGCUGGAUAAAGACCAUCAUGCCCUGUUUGUGGCCUUUACAGGUUGCGUAAUCCGUGUUCCACUCAGUCGCUGUUCGGAUUAUGGAAUCUGCAGAAAGAGCUGCCUGUCCUCACGAGACCCCUAUUGCAUCUGGCUGAGCGCAGGGAACUGUGCCACGGUGGCGCCGGGAUUCAAGUCUGGAUUCGAGCAGUAUGUAGAGAGUGGAUAUCCUCAGUAUCCAGACAGCUGUCACGAUGUCUUGGCAACGACUCGAAAGCAGAACCCUGCAGUGGACUCUGCAUACGGAAAGACCUCACCCACAAGUGCCAGCACAACCAAUCAGGGGCCAGCUGGUGCCCCUGAGACAGGUACCCACCCCGAGGAGGGGAGGCGGGGAGGGCAGGGGUCUCCUGACUUGGAGCCCGGCAGUGUGGAGAUGGAGGGAGUGCGCCGACCCCCUGAGGUUGAUAAGUCCAACCACAGUGUUCACUACACCCUGCUCAUAGCGUGUGUCCUGGUGGCGUUCGUCCUGGGAGCUUUCCUCUCCGGAUUCCUUGUUUCCUGUUACUGCAACCACAACGUUAACAAGACGAAAAGGCUGUCGAAAGAUCCAGAAGCGCCGAUCCCACAUGCUCUCUCCCUGCGCAGCUUGGCCAAGCUCAAUGGCUUGCUGGAGAGCCAAAACAAGGACGAGAAACUAGAGGUGUCCUCACCCAAACUCUACAACUCAUUCUUUGCCAAUGGGAAAGAGCAAGCACAUCGCAGGAAUGCCCACCAUGCUGCCAUGACAGAGCUCAUUCACCCACAUCAUCACCACUCUGCUGAGCUCUCCGGCCUUCCCACACCAGAUUCGACACCAGAGCUCCCAAUCAAGAGCAUGAAGGCCUUUAAGAACCAGUGGGAGAAGAACCAAAACUGCAAUAACGCUAAAGAACCCAAGUCCCACAAUAUGGGAGCAUCACGGCCAACAAGUGCAAUGCAGCAUCAGAUGUUCCCUUUCUCUCAUGGGCUGACUAAUGGACAGGUACUAGGUGGCUCCGUACACAUGGACGAACGGAAAGUCCACAACACGGAGCGUGUGGUAAGCCAACCGUAUCACUGCUACCCGCACAAGAUUGUGGACGUCACCUCACUUGACGAGCUUUUAAAACAUAUUCAUGAAAUCAACGUGGCCACAGGCAAGAGUCCCAGCGUCCUCACCUCGUCCAUGUCAGCCAACGCCGGUCAGAUGGCGUUCGCCAAUCGCGUACAGCCACACAUCCCAGAAACAGAGUCCGCACCAUACUACAGUUCCUCUACACUUCCUCGGGACAGUCUCACUCGUCGCAUGGACAUCCCACCAGAAAUUCCUCCCCAUCAUCAGUCCACCCUAGAGAGAGUGUCCCGUCACCCAGCUCAACGCCACUCUCUGAUAACCACCCCCAAGAUGCCCAGUGGGGGUGUAGUACCUCGGCAGCACAGCUUCAACCAACGAAGCUCCCAUCAGCCACUCUUGCUCUCCCGAAUGAACUCUAAUGGCAGCAAUUCGGGUUGCGACGUACGGCACCCACUCAUCCCGAACGGAUACUUAACUCGCCAGCAUAGCUACAGCGAGCAGCCAGAAGUCCACCGUGGAGCUAUUGUUCGUCGGACAGCCUCGCUCAAGCCUGACGUCCCACCCAAACCUCUGUUCAUCCCUGCCAGCUCACCUGUCAACCAGGCAGGGAAGUUCAACUACUGAACAUCAGAGAAGAAAAGCCUGUUUUUAUUUUCGUGAAAGGCUACUCGACCUCUCAGAACUGAUUGUGAUUGGCUGGACGAAAAAACUUGCCUUUAUAGGAGAAAAAAAACAAUGGAGAAUGGCUGCCAGUGUUGUCGACUUUGCAUUUGAACUAUGACCUGUUUUUCUCUGUUUUUUGAAUAUUUGUACCAUAUUGGUAUUGCUCAGCUAUUGGCCAUUAGGAAGGGAGGAGUUACAAGAGUCCACCUAGAUUUAGGCUGCCGCAUUGAUAAGCGUGUGGCUUUACAGUGUUACUUUGGACUGUUUAAACAGGCGUCACUGAUCCUAAAUUCUGGACUUGAACUUUUAUCGAAACAAGUGUAUACACCUUGUUUGAUAACCUGAUCUUUCUUGCUUUGGCUUAACUAUUCUGUUGACGUAGAGUUGAUGAACUGUGCUGAUCCCAAUUAGAAAUCCUGUAUAUAUGCAUGUGUGUGUGCGUGUGUGUGUGUAUAUAUAUAUAUAUAUUAAAAAUAUAUAUGUAUGUGUGUGUAUAUACAUAUACAUGCCCAGUGUAUGUAUCUAGAUUACCGAAAUGGUUUAGGUCCCUCAAGAAGUUUUUUCACUUUAUUAUAAAAGCAGUUGAAAUGCCCACACAAACUCAAGAGAUCGCUGUAAAAACCGUAAGCAAUAAUCAUCCACCCAUCCUGUCCACUUUAGUGUAAUGCAGGUAGAAAAACUCAAACUCAGUUCAAAUUCACAUGAUUAAAUGUGGCAAGAGAAACUGGUAAAUCCGAAUACCCGGCCACCAGUGAGGUGAUGCGGACUUAGUGUUAUGAAGGAGAUGUAUGUAUAAACCUAAGAGGAAUGUAUUCGUUGUCCAUACGCUGCAGAAUCAGUGUGAGGUGCUCUAGUAUUUACAAUCCAAGUCAGUUAAUGGGUGAAAGUGAUUUCAAAUUUGAUCUCUUACAUCAGGGGUGCCCAACCCCGGCCCUGGGGGGCCGGUGUUCUGCAAAGUUUAGUUCCAACCCCAAUCAGACACACCUGGGUUAGCCAAUCAAGCUUUUACUAGGCUUUCUAGAAGCAUCCUUCCAGGUGUGUUGAGACAAGUUGAAGCUAAAAUCUGCAGUGCUCCGGCCCUCCAGGACUGAGUUUGGACACCCUUGUCUUACAUCAUUGAAUGCCAUGUCCUAACUAGGUGUGAUAAAGCAUUUAUCUUCUGUGUAAAUGAGUUGUUUUCAUCUUUAACCACCCCUGACCUCUUUCUUUUUUCAUUAUAUAUUGCCCCGCCUACAGUGAAAUGUGAUUGGUCUAAACAUCUGAUCAUAUACCUUAACUGUGUAUUAAACACCUGUUAAUUGGUUCUGGAUAUAUCAGUCCAUGAAACACUUUAACAAUGAAACUGGUCACACCUGGAUAGGACACGGUGCAAGUGUCAAAACGGUUUCUUUCUUUAGUCCUGAGUUAUGCCUAUAUUAUGUUAAAAUAGAGAAUUGUAACGAUAUUAACACACAACUGUUUUGUGUAAAUAGCUGAACGAUAACUAGCCAAAUUUUAAUUGUUUGUGUAAAUUUGUGCCUUAUUUAAUAUGAUGUGUUAAUGGGGGGGUGGCGGCAGAGUGUGAGAGGGGACAUAGGAAUAGGGCAAAAAGGCCGUCAUUGUACUUUCAUUUUUAAUAUUUGUAAUUUUUUUUUACUUGGUUGUCUGUAUGUGUCAUAACUGUUGUAGAUAUAUAUUUCUAGAUACUUUUGAUAUCCCCAGGCUGAGUGAGGCUUUUGCAUACAUGGAUCAACAUUAAAAAUGCAAUUAAAGUUUUUUUAUCUAUC